UUCCGUUGCGCAGAGGAAGACUCCGCAGACUCAGCAACAUCAGCAGCAGCAACAUCAUCAUCAGCAGCAGCAGCAGUCAGUACUAACAACAUCAUCAUCAGCAGCAGCAGCAACAUCAUCAGCAUCAGCAGUCAGUACUAACAACAUCAUCAGCAGCAUCAGCAGUCAGUACUAACAUCAUCAUCAGCAGCAUCAGCAUCAGCAGUCAGUACUAACAUCAUCAUCAGCAGCAUCAGCAGCAGCAGCAUCAGUCAGUACUAACAUCAUCAUCAGCAGCAGCUUUAGUCAGUACUAACAUCAUCAUCAGCAGCAUCAGUCAGUACUAACAUCAUCAGCAGCAGCAACAUCAUCAUCAGUCAGUACUAACAACAUCAUCAGCAGCAGCAGUCAGUACUAACAUCAUCAUCAUCAGCAGCAGCAUCAGCAGUCAGUACUAACAUCAGCAGCAGCAACAUCAUCAUCAUCAGUCAGUACUAACAACAUCAUCAUCAGCAGCAGUCAGUACUAACAUCAUCAUCAUCAGCAGUCAGUACUAACAUCAUCAUCAUCAGUCAGUACUAACAUCAUCAUCAGCAGCAGCAGUUAGUACUAACAUCAUCAGCAGCAGCAGUCAGUACUAACAUCAUCAACAGCAGUCAGUAGCAGUACUAACAACAGCAGCAGCAGCAUCAGCAGUCAGUACUAACAGCAUCAUCAGCAACAUCAGCAGCAGCAACAGCAGUCAGUACUAACAGCAUCAUCAGCAACAUCAUCAGCAGCAGUCAGUACUAACAACAGCAUCAGCAACAACAGCAGCAGCAACAGCAGUCAGUACUAACAGCAUCAUCAGCAACAUCAUCAUCAGCAGUCAGUACUAACAACAUCAUCAGCAACAUCAGCAGCAGCAACAGCAGUCAGUACUAACAGCAUCAUCAGCAACAUCAUCAGCAGCAGUCAGUACUAACAACAGCAGCAGCAUCAGCAGUCAGUACUAACAGCAUCAUCAGCAACAUCAUCAGCAGCAGUCAGUACUAACAACAUCAUCAGCAACAUCAGCAGCAGUCAAUACUAACAGCAGCAACAUCAACAAAAUCAUCAGCAACAGUCACUACUAACAGCAGCAUCAACAUCAGCGACAUCCACAUCCUCUUCAGUAGUCAGUACUAACAGCAGUAUCAGCAACAUCAUCAUCCUCAUCAGCAGCAUCAGCAAUAUCAUUCGCAGCACGAACAGAAUAAGCAACAUCAUCAGCACUAACACCAUCAGCACUAACACCAUCAGCACUAACAGCAGCAUCAGCACUAACAGCAUCAUCAGCAACAUCAAUGAUAGCGUUAUCACUAUCGUCAAAAACAUCAUCAUCAAACAUCAACAACGUCAUGCAACAGCAUCACUAACAUCAGCAGCAUCGCCAUCGUUAAAAACAUCAGCAUCGCUGGUCAUCAUUGGCAUCAUCACUGACAUAAGCAGACGCAUUAUCUUCGCAAACAUCACCAUCAGAAACCUCGUCCUCUACUGAUUCUCAACCUCGUCUCUCUCAUCCUCUGGUCUGAUCUACUCUUCGUUCUAAUUCCACUCGACCUCUGUUCACCUCGUUUUAUUUUCGCCAUCAUCACCACCAUCAUCAACUUCCCUCCUCCACCCCCGUAUCUUCCUCCUGUCCUCCCCUUCCUGACCACCUCCUCAUUCUCUCCGCCUCCUCUCCAUCGCCUCCCCCAAGCAGCACCACCACCAUCGCCUCCUCCUUCUCUUGCCCCUCUCCGCCAUCACCACCUCCUCCUGCCUCAUCAGGCCUGGCCGCGUCAUCGUGAGGAGGUUAACUGCCGUGUGGUGUUUGUGAUGCGGCUAGCAGGGCCGUGUGGCCGACGAUAUGGGCAGCUCUGAGGGGGAGUGUGUGCACCUCGGCAGCGUUGGGGAGGUUACGAAGGAGCAGCUCAUCCAGAAGUCCAAGGGAACCUGCCAGUCGUGCGCAGCGACUGGCCCCAACCUCUGGGCCUGCCUGCAGGAUGGCUGCACAUACGUGGGCUGUGGAGAAUCGUUCACUGACCACAGCACUCUGCAUGCGCAGACGAGCAAGCACAGCCUGACGGUGAACCUCACUACGCUGCGGGUGUGGUGCUACGUGUGCGAGCGGGAGGUGUUCCUCGACAAGCAGGCGGCGGUGGCGGCGGGCGGCACCGCGCCCUGCAAGCCCUCGCCGGCCGCCGCGCAGCCCAUGCCGGACGGGGGCAUCCGAGGAGCCUCGCCCAUCAAGACCAUCCCUGGGACAUCCGGCGAGGAGGGAGAGUCCGAGGUCGACGAUGACGACCUUCGACCCCGAGGCCUCACCGGUCUGAAGAACAUUGGGAACACGUGCUACAUGAAUGCCGCCUUGCAGGCGCUGUCUAACUGCCCUCCGCUCACCCAGUUCUUCCUCGAGUGUGGAGGGCUGGUGCGAACCGACAAGAAGCCGGCGCUCUGCAAGAGCUACCACAAGCUCGUCUCCGACAUCUGGAACAAGAAGAGGCACGGCUACCUGGUUCCCACGACUCUGGCUCAUGGAAUCAAACUCAUCAACCCCAUGUUCCGGGGCUACGCACAGCAGGACGCCCAGGAGUUCCUGCGCUGCCUUAUGGACCAGCUGCACGAGGAGCUCAAGGAGACCGAGCCGGAUGAUGCCCCUGCGCCGGGGCCCGCAAUGGAGCAGCUGGCACCGUGCGAGCAGCACCGCACCCACUCCGACGACGAGCUCGUGUCCUGCGACUCGGGCAUCAGCAGCGAGGUGAGGGGGGGGCGCCCCCCGCGAUCUGGGUGCCGCGAGCGAGCCAACCUCGUCGAGGACCAGGAGAUGGAGAUGCUCAUGCAGGACGAGACGGCGUCGUCGUCGAUGGCGUCGUCGGCGGCGGCGCAAGAGAACCAGCACCUGCCGCCCACCACGCGCCACCGCGACCGCAAGCGCCGGCUGCGCCGCUCCAGCUCGGCCGACUCGGAGAGUGCCGAGGGGACGGAGGGGGAGGCGGGGUGCGAGGGGGGGGGCGGCGGCGGUGCAAGCGACUCGCUGGGCUGCGGCGGCCGCACCUCCCCGCCGGCGCAGCGCAGCUCGCCCGUGCCUCCGCGGCACUCCGACCCCGAGAGUGAGCACGGCGCGUACACGCCGUCGCGGCCGUCUAGCCCGGCUCCCGGUGACCGCGUCUACACCAAACUGUCGAGCAGCCCGCCCCGCGCCAGCCCCGUGCGUGCCCCACCGGGGCUGUCCCACGGCAAGGGCUCGUCCUUCAUGUCGAAGAAGCGGCAGCAGCCAAAGUUCCGGAGCGUCAUCUCAGACAUUUUUGACGGUUCCAUCCUCAGCUCGGUGCAGUGCCUGACGUGCGACAGGGCGGUGGACGGUGGCGCGCGGCUGCGUGCGGCCCAGGUGUCGGCGACGGUGGAGACGUUCCAGGACAUCUCGCUGCCGAUCCCCGGCAAGGAGGACCUGGCGAAGCUGCACUCGGCAGCCCACCAGGGCGCCGCCGUCAAGGUGGGCGGCGCGUGCUCUGACGCGUACAGCUCCCAGAGCUGGCUCACCUUCCUCAUGGACUACAUACGCAGGUUUGUGGUGUCCUGCGUUCCCAGCUGGUUCUGGGGCCCCGUGGUGACGCUGCAGGACUGUCUCGCCGCCUUCUUCGCUGCCGACGAGCUCAAGGGAGACAACAUGUACAGCUGUGAGCGGUGCAAGAAGCUGCGCAACGGCAUCAAGUACUGCAAGGUGCUCAAGCUGCCCGAGAUCCUCUGCGUCCACCUCAAGCGCUUCCGGCACGAACUCAUGUACUCCACCAAAAUCGGCAGCCAUGUGGCGUUCCCCACCGAGGGCCUUGAGAUGCGGCCCUUCCUGGCCAAGGAGAGCCAGUCCCAAGUUACGACCUACGACCUCCUCUCCGUCAUCUGCCACCACGGAACAGCUGGAAGCGGACACUACGUGGCGUACUGCCAGAACGUGAUCAACGGGCAGUGGUACGAGUUCGACGAUCAGUGCGUCACCGAGGUUCACGAGACCGUCGUGCAGAACGCCGAGGCCUACGUUCUCUUCUACCGCAAGAGUAACGAGGAGGCCAUGCGCGAGCGGCAGAAGGUGAUGUCGCUCGCGGGGCUCAAGGAGCCCAGUCUGCUCGAGUUCUACAUCUCCCGCCAGUGGCUCAACCGCCUCAACACGUUCGCCGAGCCUGGGCCCAUCACCAACCAAGACUUCCUGUGCUCCCACGGAGGUGUUCCACCACACAAGUCGAGCUAUAUAGACGACCUGGUGGUGAUCCUCCCGCAGAACGUGUGGGAUUACCUUUACAACAGAUAUGGGGGCGGUCCAGCCGUGAACCACCUGUACGUGUGCAGCGUGUGCCAAGUGGAGAUCGACCGGCUCGAGAGACGACGCAAAACCGAGAUGGACACCUUCAUCAGGAAGAACAAGGCGUUCCAGGCGGACGAGCACCCGGGCGUGAUCUACUGCAUCAGCAUGGAGUGGUUCCGUGAGUGGGAGGGGUUCGUCAAAGGCAAAGACAGCGAAGCACCAGGGCCAAUCGACAACAGCAAAAUUGCAGUUAACAAGGGCGGCCACAUCGCAGCUAAAGCAGGUGCAGACUAUGGGCAGAUCUCCCGGGAGACCUGGAACUACCUGGUCUCCCUCUACGGGGGCGGCCCCGAAAUCACGCUGGGCCAGGGCUCAUCGCAGGGUUCUUCCGGCCAGGGGCUGGCGGCCCAGGCCCAAGCCACGGCUCAGGCCGUACCAGUCCAAACAUCGACCCAAGUGCCGGUCCAGCUGCCACCGCACGUGCCACCACCGCCACCUUCCUCGCAAGUCUCCGAGGUGGUGGUGCGGCCAGCCUUGGUCUCAGUAGCAGCAGGAGGAGCUGGAGGAGUAGGAGGUGCAGCAGCAGAAGGAGGAGCAGGAGCAGCAGCAGGAACAGCUGGAAGUGAAGACAGUGAAGACACUUCCACUUUGGAGACCAAGAUGGAAGUGGAGUUAGAUGUGGCGUGAAAGGAGGCGAAGGUCCUGCUGUUUCGUGUUUGGUGGAGGGGAGAGAAGUGGUUUCAGGUAGAAUCAUGGUGGCUACUACAGCAGUUAAAUAAAGGUAGCAGGGGUGUACGCAUCUGCCUAGCCGCCUAGCCACCUACCCGUCUACCUGCAUACCCCUGCUGCCUCUUUAUUCCCCGCGCCUGUGGUGGGUUUUUUUCCAUUGCGUGCCCCUUGACGCAGGGUCGUGGCAGUCCAUCACCUGGGCUGUUUUGCAGUGCUGCGCUGUCGAGUUGUGUGCAAGUUGAGUGUGCGUGACUGAGUAAAGCAAGUAAUUUAUAGUAGAGGGGAUGAGUGACGUGCAAUUAACCCAAUUAGAAUGAUCUUUGUCGAGCACUUGACGUUACAGCGUACUGUGAAAUAGGACCAGGCUACUGGAGAAAGGGACCAUGAGAAUGCUCCGAAGUUUAUUAGCAAAUACUGUGCGCCCCGACUAAGCAGCUAGUUGAGUGCGUGCGUGUGUGCAUUGUCGCUGGUGCAGUGCUGAUGUGGAGGUGAAUUUGACGGAUAUCCGGUCGUUGUGCAUAAACGAUAUGCUAUGAUGUACGCAUUCUCUACGUUUUAUUUAUUGUGCAUCUCUACGUUGUGAGGUUUCGAUCGAAUGGCACGUGACCGAGGGUAGCGCUGUUGACAGCAGACGGACCGGUUGUCUUUCAAAUGAGCGUUGCCGAUCUUCCAGGCCGGUUUGCAAAAAUGAGGUGGCAAUGCCUUUUUUGGGGGAAGAGGUUGUGACGUAACCAACAGAGAACAAGUGCAAAUAAUAACACGUCUUGCGUUGUAUUUAGUCGUCGAACUUACCGUUCGGUGCGGCAUUACGCUCUCUUGUUGGUUCAUUUUAUUAUUAAGCCAAAUUAACAGUUGCAGUCAGUUAUCGUUAAACAUGCGUCUGUGUUGGUCGCAAAGUAGUGCUUUGUUACGGCAGUAAUUACAAGUACAGUCUCAGGAGGUGGCUGGGGUUCAUUGAAAACACUAUUGUAUUGUGGAUGCCAGGAUAUUCUCGUGGAUUAACGAGGAACUUGGAAAAUACAUAAUUCAUUUCCAAGUUUGACGUCAUUCCGGACACCAGAAACGCACAGGGUAGCUUCGAAGCGUGUGAAGUCAGUUCAGCUUGAUUCACACAAUUCGCGAGGACGAUUUUGCCAGAACUUGUCGUGAGAACGAUUCAGGGGGAGAAACGGUGCUUGUAUAAACUCUCAAACUUCUUGUUCUUUUUCCUUCCUCCAAAUCCUAAUUUUGUAUCACAUGGCACCUUAUACGAACAUUGAGAGUCCACAUUUAUAGUACGAGUUGGCCAACAGCUGAAUUUAUUGACAUUCCAGUAGCGUUUGUGCCGCCGAUUCAAGAAUCGCACAAUUGGCCUGUUGAUGGUGAUGGAACCAAUUGUGCAUCCGUCGUGUGGCUGUGGGUUUGUGCCCAGGUUUGUAGGGCAAAGGUUGGCCAGGCUCGACUCGCUGGUCCGGAUUAUCGGGGACGUUUUGCCACGCAGCGCGGUUGUGACCUGUACUCAUUGAUGUUGUCGGUCGUUUGCCACGGGGAGUCUUAAUGAGAGAAUGACCCCGUGACAUCCUCUUGUCUGUUCGCGAGCUAAGGCUUCUGAAUGUUGACUGAUAUAAACCCGAGGCAGGCAGUCUGAUGAGAUUCUAGCUUUAAUCUCAUCACUAUUUGACUACAAGGCUGCAGCCUUUCGCCCAAGUUUGGUCUUAUGGUUAUUGGUGUUGGGAUAACGGCUCGGACUUGUUAAUGUGCAUUUGGAACUGAUGGAGCUGGGCUUGUGAAUUAGAGGGUCCAUUCUCACCGAACGGCCUCUCCGCUCCUCGGCACCAUGCGCCGAGCAAUGCCUCGUCAUCAUAAUCUCAUCGCCCGCUGUGUAUGGGACUCGCAUUAUCGCUUAAUAAAGUCAGUGAAACAGU